AUGUCGGGAAGUAAUUUAUUCAAAGCUACUGUCAACGAAUAUUUAGAAGGUCUUCCAAAACCAGUUCAAUCCAAAUUAUAUGAAGCACCAGCAACAUGUUUAUCCAUUUAUAGAUUGCUUUCUCCCACGGCUAAGUUCUUUAUCAUGUCAAUGAUAUUCAACGAAAAACCAAUUGCUCUAAGGGAUUUAGACAGAUGGUGUAAACCGCUGGCAAGAAAGUUGGAAUACGAAGCACUUAAACGUUUAGAAUCACUUCAUUUAAUAGAAUAUGAUAGCAGGGGAUCUCAUAUACGAUUGAAUGCAACUUUCCGACAAAAUUUUCGAGAUUGUCUAACUGGAUCUCAAGAACCAAAUGCAUUUGGAAGUAUAAGUACAGCCGUGGAUAAACAUCAAGUAGAUGUGGCAUUUCUUGAUUCAUUUGCUUCUCAAAAAUGGGAGACUAUUUUGCAUUUCAUGGUGGGGACGGAAUCAACUGCUACUCCUUCAAGUUCGGUUUUGUCAUUAUUGAAAUUGGGUGGAUUAAUGGAAGGACAAGGUAAGAGCGCCGCGAAUUUGAAAAUUACUAAUACGGGGUUUCAAUUCCUUUUGCAAGACGUAAAUGCUCAAAUUUGGACUUUAUUGUUACAAUAUUUGAAUUUAACACAAGAAUUAAAUAUGGAUCCAGUUGACGUGUUAAAUUUCAUAUUUAUCCUUGGUUCAUUGGAAUUAGGUAAAAGUUAUGCAGUAUCAACCCUAAGUGCAACUCAAGUGAGUAUGUUGGCAGAUUUGAAAGAUUAUGGAUUAGUCUAUCAACGUUCAGACACAUCAGGAAGGUUUUAUCCAACAAGAUUGGCAACGACAUUAACCUCGGACUCAGCAGCAUUAAAGACUCCAUCGAUGGCAAUUGAGCAAUCUGUUGAAGCUUCAGAAGGAGAUAAAGAACAACAACAAAUGGCAACUCCUGCAAACAUGCAAGGAUCAGUUAUUAUCGAAACCAAUUUUAAACUAUAUGCAUAUACAAAUUCACCCCUCGAAAUCGCCAUUUUAAACCUAUUCGUUCAUUUAAGAACAAGAUUUUCUAAUAUGGUAUGUGGUCAAAUAACCAGAGAAUCAAUUCGAAAUGCAUUAUACAAUGGAAUUACGGCAGAACAGAUUAUAAAGUUUUUGGAAACCCAUGCUCAUCCACAAAUGAGAAUAUUAGCGAAAGAGAAAUUGGACAAAAAGAUUGAAUUCGAUACAAGUCAUAAUAUUAACACCGCAGGUGGUGCACCUCAAAGUCAAUCUGCCAGAGCAGAUGGUUCAAUUGCACAACAUAAAUUAGAAAUCCUUCCACCGAAUGUUGUGGAUCAAAUCAAGUUAUGGCAAUUAGAGCUUGAUAGAAUUCAAACUUUUGAUGGAUAUUUAUUUAAGGAUUUCCCAAAUCAACAAGAAUUCGAUAUUUUGUCAACAUACGCGUCGGAGCUUGGUGUAUUGAUUUGGUCUGAUAAAGUAAAGAGGAAGUUCUUUGUUACGAAAGAUGGAAUGUCACAGGUGGCUGAUUAUGCCAAUAGAAAACUAAAAAGAGCAGGUAAUUAA